AACCAAAAAGCUUUACAGCUUAAAAAGUUUUCUAAGAUAAAAGCUUUGCAAAAAGCUUAUUACCCUCGAUCAUAUGUAAGAAAAAUUUUUCACCGACUAGAAAAACAAAAUGUUUAUAUCAACAACAACGAAGAUCAGUAGUAAAUUUUCACAAGCUGACAACAAUUGAAACCGGUGAAACGAAAAACAAAUAGAAAGAUCACUGACUAAGUUAUGCAAAAGAAAAUUUAAUUAAGAAAAUUAUUUAUAAAAUAAAGUGAUCAAUUUUCCGUGUGUAAAUUUUGUAAACAACAAAAUAAAAUAAAUCUAAUAUAAACCAUUUAUAAUGGAUUUAUUGUUCCUAAGUAAACGUAUUUAUUUGGGCACCGAAGAUGGAUUUAUACAUGGUGGCAUAAUCGUCAACAAUGAGGGAAUAAUACAAAAGGUUUUGAGAACAGCUGGGGAGGUUAAUACAUAUUUGUAUAAUAUAGAAUCGGAGGCGGUGUAUGACUUUGAAAAUUUGGUUUUAAUGCCGGGUCUUAUAGAUGUCAAUGUACAUAUCAAUGAACCAGGUCGUAAAGAUUGGGAAGGAUUUUUAACCGCCACAAAAGCAGCUGCAGCAGGCGGUUUUACCACCAUCAUAGACAGGCCAACAAAUGCUAUACCUCCCACCACUUCCUUGGCCGGUUUAAAAUUAAAAUUAUCCACGGCUCGUGGCAAAAUUUAUGUUGAUGUUGGUUUUUGGGGCGGUAUUAUACCCGGCAAUUCUGAUGAUAUCGAGGCUUUAAUCGGUGGUGGUGUGGUUGGCCUACAAUGUUCACUCUCGCCAGCCGCCGAACCUGUUAGCAAAGAAUUUCCUGCUGUUAAUAAACAACAAUUGGACACUCUUCUUACUAAACUAGACAAUAAUAUUGUUAUAGCCGUUCAUGCUGAAGAAAUGUUGAUGACACCCAUUAAACCUAACGAAGAAGAACCCAAAUGUUAUGAAUCAUUUUUGAGAACUAGACCUUCUCGAAUGGAAGUUAAUGCAGUACAAAUUGUAGCCGAUCUUGCCUUGAGGCAUAAAAAAAAACAAUUUCAUUUAUUAAAUCUCAGUUCCAAUGAAGUCCUGCCUAUUAUAAAAGAAGCCAAAAGUAAAGGAGCUCAACUCACUGCCGAAACAUGUCCCCACUAUCUCAGCUUAGCAGCCGAAGACAUAGAAGACUGCCACACAGAAUUCAAAACUCAACCACCGAUACGUGAAAGAGCAAAUCAACCCGCUCUCUGGGAAGCUUUAAAGUCGGGAUGUUUGGAUAUUAUAGCAUCAGAUCAUUCGCCCGCAACACCGGGUCCCAAAUGUUUAACAUAUGGUCGUACGAGGGGUAAUUUUAUAAAUGCCUGGCCAGGUAUUUCUUCCCUGCAAUUAGGUCUACCCAUAGUUUGGACUCAAUGUCAGAAGUAUGGUUUGGGCAUACAACACAUUUACAAAACCAUGUGUGAGAGACCAGCUUUAUUGUGCGGCUUAGAAAAGUCGAAGGGUAAAAUUGUAGAGGGUUAUGAUGCCGACUUUUGUAUUUGGGAUCCCGAUGAAGAAUUUCAAGUUGAUGCCAAUGUAUUGUAUUCAUCGAAUAAGGCCACUCCUUAUGUCAAUCAACGUUUGCGCGGUAUGGUGCAUGCUACCGUUGUAAGAGGUCUGCAUGUCUAUCAACAGCAUGAGGGAUUUGGCCAGCCUUUGGGAAAAAUUAUUUUGCGUAAAAAUAUCAAGAAAAUUGUUAAGUUUCAAUAGAAUCAUUGUAAAAGAAGGGUCACAUGCAAAAUGACAAAACCAUAAGAUGUUAAUUUUACACUGUGAAAAAAAAGACUAAAUUAAAAUUAAAUUUGAAUUCGGGAAUAAAAAUAUUUAAUUGUUUCGUUUGAUAAAAGAAUACAUAUAAGCACAAAAAUAAUAAAUAUUUACAAAGUUUCGACAGUUUUUUCUUCAUGUGUAACAUAAUUUAUGUUGAUUGAGAUGCAACAAGUUGUCGUGUGGCAAACAAACAGUGCAAACUCCAUGUCAAUUUGUUUGUUUUCAGUUGCAAAUAAAUU